AAGACUCAAGAUGGUUCAAUGUAAUGCAGAUGAUCGCGGAAUUUUAGUGUGGCAAGUGGGCAUUUUCCGUGAGUGAGUGAUCAAAAAAACCAAACAUGACGCGACCAGUGCUUUUGAGUGAACACUCGCGAAUUGCCCUCAUGCACGAAUCUGGAUUGACUCCACCUAGAAAAGCACCUCAGUUUAUCGCAGCUUUUGUCAGUACACUAUCCGCAGUAUGCCUGGGAAUGGUAUUUUCUUGGUCAUCAUCAGCCAUUCCAAUACUUGAGAAAGAGUUUGCAAUUACCACCGCUCAAGGCGCCUGGGUUGGUUCUUUAGUUACUUUAGGGGCCUUUGUAGGCGCCAUUCCUGCAGGCCCAAUGGCCCAACUAACUGGACGAAAGCGAGCCUUACAGAUACUGAUUAUACCGCUACUCUCAUCUUGGAUUUUAAUAGCAUUUUUUUGUAAAUACAUUUGGGUUUUGUAUAUUGCCCGAUUUCUGGCAGGAAUUUCCUCAGGAGGUAUCAGUGUCGCCGCCCCCAUGUAUGUUACCGAACUUGCCCAUGUUUCGAUCCGGGGAACGUUGGGCACCUUCUUCCAAGUGCAAAUUACCAUUGGAAUUCUCUUCGAAUAUUUAUUGGGUGACAUAAUUAGCGAUAUUAGAACACUGUCUCUGAUAUCGGCGGUUCUUCCAGUUGUCUUCCUGCUAAGUUUCGCUUUUAUCCCCGAGUCCCCAGUUUAUCUGUGCGAAAAAGCCAAACUGCAAGAUGCCCAGAGGAGCCUGUUAUGGUUCAGAGGGAAAGACUAUGAAAUUGAUGACGAAUUAGUGAAGAUAACUGAAGAUAUAGAAGAAUCUAAGAGAAACAAGACUAAGCUUUUCGAGAUCUUCAAAUGCAAAGCUACUUACAAAGGGCUGAUAAUCUCCUUUGGAUUGAUGGCCUUUCAGCAGCUAAGCGGAGUCAACGCGGUGCUUUUUUAUACCAACAAAAUAUUCCAGCAAAGUGGAGGUUCUCUUUCACCUGGCCAAUGCAGCAUACUGGUUGGAGCAGUCCAAGUUUUUGCUACUCUGGGAUCCACGCUACUCAUCGAUAGAGCCGGGCGGAAGAUCCUGCUGGUUCUCUCCGACUUAGUCAUGUGCAUAUCUCUAGCAGGUCUUGGACUCUACUUUUACCUUAGCGAGUUUAUGGAUCUGGCAGCCUAUUCUUUCAUACCUCUGAUGAGUGUGGCUCUUUUCAUAGUAUUUUUCUCCAUCGGCUUGGGACCGAUUCCUUGGAUGAUAGUGAGCGAGAUCUUUUCUCCAAAGACCAGAGGUGUGGCCAGUUCGAUUUCAGCAUCUCUGAACUGGUUUUUGGCGUUUCUAAUCACAAACCAAUUUGCCAACAUGAUCAGUGCUAUUGGAAUUGGCCCAACGUUCAUGGGCUUUAGUGUAUUAUGCGGUUUGGGCACUGGCUUCAUCGUAAUAUUAGUACCAGAAACCAAAGGACUUAGCACAGAAGAAGUAGCAAAUAUUUUAGUGGGGCGCAAAGCGCCGUCUCCUGCUGGUGAAAAGUGCAAUAAAAUGACUACUUUGGUUUAAGUUGAUUGUAUGAAGCAAAACCCUGAUUACCAAAAUAGGGACUUAGUAGAAAUACUAGCUCCAAAGCAAUGAAGCAACCUGUGAAAGCCCAAAGAGAACUUUUCUGAUGCAAAACUUAAAAGAUUGAUUAACUAAAUAGCUCCGAGACGUGUAGUAAUAAAUAGCGUUAAGGUACUGCUUAAGCUCUCGGUGACAAGUGUUGUAAAUAAUACGUAGUAUUAUGUUGUACAUAUUAGUAACCAAUUUUUGUUGAAUAAAAUAUUUAAGAAAAAAAACUUAA